UUUUACGCUGCCAUUUUGUCCGGCAGAGAAGCAACCAGCCAGCAAGUCCGUAAAGCGAAACCACUGGCGAGACUUUUUAGACAGCAGCACAGCGCAGCACAGGACGGGACUGUCGGUGAAAAACGAACCGAUAAUGUGGAGUCGGCAGCCGAAGGACAGCACCAACUGAGCCUGAAGAACGUGAAGGGAAACAACCGAGCUGUCGUUUUUAACUUAACGGGUCCGCCGGUUCUGCUCUUCUGUCACAGACUACAGGCACUCGCUGGGCUCUUUGGCUUGCUGGCAGGUUAGCUAACCCCGCUAGCUACUCGGCUAACACCCACCGCUCCUCGCAUCUUUUCUCACCGGGAGAAGCUGCACCUGUCCCGGCUGUCAGUCUCACGGUAUCUACUUAUAAACUUCAAACAAUGUGCUGCUCAGUUCUGAGUGACUUUUUACGCCCGAGGUGGGGUUUAACACACACUUUGCCAAGCGACCAGUGAUAGCUAAACGGUCCAAGCUAACAAGUUGACGUGGAAGAGGAACUCGAGAUUGUUGUUGGCGUUCUCCAAGUUGUGAUUUCAUACGGAUUACUUUUAUUUUUUGCCCCGAGGUGGUCUCUUUGGUGACCCCAAACAAAUCGUCCAGGUUACAUACAAACCAGCCAGUUAGCUAUGUUUAUUUGUGGCCAGAAAGUCAUUUCCAGUGUUUACAAAUUCUACAGUGGGACUCUUUCCUGGUUCGAGUACUGCAACGGAAACAUUAGCUAACACAGACUAGCUCAGAUUAGUGUUGUCGUGUUUUGUUUACUAGCUAGAUAGUCGUAAUAAACUGUUGCCAAACGAUUUAACUAUAAAGAAAAACUACAAAUCAGCUGUUGAUUGUGGAUUUCAUUGUAAAGCCAAUCAGAUAUUCUUGUACCUGCAUUUUGUUUUGCCACCACUGAUCUGACAUUACUGCAGACGAGACUGCACAGGUUUUGUACGCACCUGGGGGGGAGAAAAAAAAAAACUUAACACAACAGUGGGUGUCUGAUCGCAACCCUUUACCUCCUCUUGACAGUGAAGUCACGUUGAGUUGUGUCCCGCAGGGAGUUGAUCCAUUGAUCGGAUCGUUAUUGUGCUAUUUUAGCUGAUUGAGGAAAAAGCAGACAGAGACAGAGAGAGGAAUAGAAGCGAUGUCGGGCCAAUCAAUCACGGAUCGGAUCGCAGCAGCGCAGCACAGCAUGACCGGGUCGGCUAUCAGCAAGGCUGUGUGCAAAGCCACCACACAUGAAGUCAGCGGACCCAAGAAGAAACACCUUGACUAUCUGAUCCACUGCACCAAUGAGAUGAAUGUGAACAUUCCCCAGCUGGCGGACACGCUGUUUGAGCGCACGGCCAACUCCAGCUGGGUGGUGGUCUUCAAAGCCCUUAUCACCACCCACCACCUCAUGAUGUACGGCAACGAGCGUUUCACCCAGUACCUGGCCUCCAGAAACACUCUGUUUAACCUGAACAACUUCCUGGAUAAGGGAGCUCUGCAAGGUUACGACAUGUCAACCUUCAUCAGACGAUACAGCCGUUACCUGAACGAGAAGGCCAUGUCCUACAGACUGGUGGCUGUGGAUUUCACCAAGAUGAAGAGGGGGAUUGACGGUGUGAUGCGUACCAUGAACAUAGAGAAGCUGAUCAAGACGCUGCCCAUUGUUCAGAACCAGCUGGAUGCUCUGCUGGAUUUCCAGGCCAACCCUAAUGAGCUGACCAACGGAGUGAUCAACUCAGCCUUCAUGCUGCUCUUCAAAGACUCCAUAAGGCUGUUUGCUGCCUACAACGAAGGGGUCAUCAACCUAUUGGAGAAAUACUUUGACAUGAAGAAGAACCAGUGCAAAGAUGCUCUGGACAUCUACAAGAAAUUUCUUUACAGGAUGACGAAGCUGUCAGAGUUCCUCAAAGUGGCUGAGCAAGUUGGAAUAGAUCAGGGUGACAUCCCAGAUCUCUCACAGGCCCCCAGCAGCCUCCUGGAGGCUUUGGAGCAGCACCUGGCCUCUCUGGAGGGCAAGAAGACCAAGGAAUUGAAUGCAGACACCAGAGCGUCCACCCUGUCCAGUGCCGUCUCAUCUCUCUCCUCCACCGGCAUGUCCUUCAGCCGCAUGGACGAGAAGGAGAAGCAGCAGGCCUUGGAGGAGGAACAGGCCAGACUGCAGGCUCUUAAGGACCAGCGCCUGAAGGAGAUCAACAUGCAUACUCCACCCUCUGCCUCCCCCAGCAGCCAGUCGAUGGGUGCCAACAACAACAACCACAUCACACAAACCCCAGAGUUGUUCAGCUCCACGAUGUCUGCCAACAGUGUGCCCAAUCUGAACAGUGACCUGUUUGAUCUUCAGCCGGCCUUCAUCCCCACUGUGCAGAGCACUCCUUCAAUCUCCACCGCCAACAGUGCCUGGGGAGGAAUGGAGAGCCAGCCUCUGCAGCAGACCGCCCCAGCCAUGACUGUAGAUUUCGAUGCUGUGUUUGGGAAUAAGGCCACGCCCAGUAACAACGGCCCACAACCUGCAGCCGGUUUUGAUGCUCUAGGAGACCUGUUGAAGCCUACAAUUCCCACACACACUGCACCUCAUCAUCCUCCUCCUCCUCAAAUGGUCAUUCAUCAUGGAGGAAAGCUGCUAGCCAACGACCUCGACUCUUCUCUGGCCAACCUCGUGGGCAAUCUGCAGUUUGGUGGGACCCCAGCCAAGAAGCCAGAUAUGCAUUGGAGCCAGCCUGGAGAGAAGAAGCUGACGGGGGGCCAGAACUGGCAGAAUAAGACCAUGUCGACCACACAGUGGACCCCCGCGCCCAUGGCCCCGCAGCCCAUGCCUGUGCAACAUGUGAAUGGAAUGUUCUAUACUAGUUAUGCUCCAGCUCCCAUGGCUUUUCCCAUGACCACACCACAAGUGCCUGUGUAUGGAAUGGUCCCUCCCCAGAUGGGUCAGAUGGGCGGGGUACCAGUGAUGGCUCCUCAGCCAAUGAUGUACAACCAGCCUGUUCUCAGACCCACCAACCCCUUCGCAACCAUGCCCGGAGCCCAGAUGCAGUUUAUGUAAUCCAGUCAGGGGGGAAGCAGAGUGCCAUAAGCGACAAACAAACAAACAGCAGAAGAAAACACACAAGAGGAACAAUCAGAUGGACGAAGGAAUGAUUUGAUCAAGCUAAAACGACUAAGAGACAGACAGACAGACGACAAGAUAACCAACCAACACCAAAAAACAAUUUGGAAAGAGGAGGAGAAGAUGACCAAACAGAGGAUGGAGGGAUGUGGUGGGGAAGAUGUCAUCCUGGCUGGUUGUUGUCUGAAACAACUUCUUGCAUAAGUGUGUGUGUAUGUGUGUGUAGCUUCUUUCUGUUAUACUGUCUAAUUUGUGUUUUAAAUCCUAUCAUGGAGUGAUGUUUCAGGAGAGGGAAUAAGGAUGAGAGAGAAAGAUGGGAAGAAAGAUGGAGGAGUGGAGAGAAGAGGGGAUUGAGGAAAUCCUACCUCUGGUUUUCAGUCAGACCGAACCUGUCUGCCUGCUUGUGAAAGUCUGCUGCAGAAUUAGCUUUAUUUCAUACUGGUGCUAUUUUGUCCACUCUGGGUUACCGUCCACCUGCAACGGCAACAUGAGAGCACUUAGGAGGGGACAAGAGUUUGUUUAGUGUGUGUGGAAGUAUGUGUAUUUGGUCUGUGUACAAAAAUGUGUGUUUGUGUACGUACAGCAGUUGUUUCAGACAAUACCUUUACAACCAACCUCCUCUCCAUCCCCUCCGUUCGCUGUCUGUGUCCACAACUGUCCAAUCAGUGAGAGAUUUGGAGGCAAAUCUUCUCAAGUGUGUUUCCCUUAAUUUUCCGCUCUGUUGUGAUAUCUUUGUAUUUUUCGAUCUGUUUUCUUCUGCAGCCUCUCCUGAAUGUUACCGGGGCUUGUACAGCAAUUUGUUGAACCAUUUAAUAGUAGUUGAGCGUUUGUUGUUAUGGGUUUUAAGCUAAAGUCUUUGUUACUCAUACUGCAUUGUUUUCUUCUCCUAAAGCAGAUACACACAGAGAGACAGCGGUGACAACAUGCUAGCAUGGUACAUAGUCAUCUAAAUUGUCUGUGAAGCAAAAAUUUUGGAUAUUUUUCUUAAGGCCUGCUCACACCAGAAAGUGGUACAACUAAAUUCAUCUGUGCUUCUUUGAGAAAUAUGCGGCUCUGAAAGGAUGGUGACGUAUUUUGGUCUACAAACCAUAACUCUUUUGUGAAGCAGUUUAUACUGCAACAGAGGAGGUUAAAUUAAACUGGAUUGUACAUCACAGUCAAUAAGCUACGAUAGCUUCCUCCAUUUUGGACUCUCCGUUCUGCCCAAGGUCAGCACUGUCAAGACGGCUUGCUCUUGGUUAACGGCAAAAAAAUUUGUCUGUCAAAAAUUGAACUUGACGUGAAAAAUUUGCACAGAUGCACUUCGUCCUAGCUAGCGAAUCCACUGAUCCCGGCUGUUACAUUGGAAUUAGCUCAUUUCACAGCACAAUUUACCCGUUUUAAAUGCUGGUGUGACCACGCAUUUAGCCAGACAUACUUUUACUCUCAGUGGAGGGUAAAAUGAAAGAUAUUUGCAUUUUUGUUAUGCUAAAGAGACUGCGGAGUGUGUAUUAGCAUCGUUAGCCUGUUAACGCCUGGUUGACCUGUGUGUAUCUGUUCUUCUUGUCUUCAUCAGCUCACCAACCAGAUUCAGACGUCAGUGGUUUCUAAAAUAAGAGCUUUUUCAUUAGGUACACCCUAUUAGCAGAUCCACAUUAUGUGCCAAUGAUUAAUGACAGCAGCACUGAGUGAGUGAUUAAAUGUUACUGAAUCAAGCUGAAUUCAUUUUAUAUUGCACUGAAUCAAAGUGAGUGGCUUUAAGUGCGACUCUGUCUGCACCGAGAGCUAAACGACACUGAACUUUUGGCAUCACCCUCGCUCCACGGUUCCAGGAAAUUUUGGGGAUCAAAUUUGACUCAUGUAAGAGGUCAUGGCCAUUCCUCAGCCAAAGCAUCCAUGAAUUUGAGUGUUGCUAUAUGUGUGCAUAAUGCAUUUUAGUGUGUGUUCACGUGUGUGCUUGCACAUUUAUGUGUAUGUUUUCCAUUCAGGGCUAUUUCUGAGGGUCAAAUUGUGUCAGAUUUCGAGCCAAAAUUGAGCCAACGAGUUUGACACGAAAUGUGCUUGUAUUGUUUUUGUAAAAUCAAAUUUUGUUGCAGAAUGCACAUGCAAAAAUGUUGCACUGAAGUGACUAUCCUGCCGUAGCAGAGCUGUUGCCAGUUUUUCUGGUGUGGAAAAAUGUUGAGAAAGAGAUUUGAAAUUUGUUGAAAUUGGGGUUUUACAAUAAGAAGUUUGUCUAAUCUACCAGCCACUGUGGCAGGUAACUAAAAAUUAUUUUCCUGCCAUUCUAACAACUUGAAACUUUUUUGUAGUCCCAUCCCCGGUCCCAGUCUAGUGUCUACAUCCCCGUCAUCAGUGAUAGUUCAGUUGUUUCACACACAUCAUCCACUCUGUUAUUGAAAUCUCUAGAAUCUCGCUUCCCAACUCUGUCUAGUUGAUCUAUCUCUAGAAUGCUUUUUUAGCCUGCUUUGUCACUGUUUGGUAUGUGUAGAUAUGUAAAAAAAAAUAAUAAUAAUAAUAGUAAUAACCAGUUUCUGUCUAGAUUGUCUGCUCCCACCCAUCACUGUCGCUGUUGUAUAGAUAUUGCUCUUAGACGCUUCUUGUCGCAGUCUUGUGUUCGCUUAGCCUCUCGUCAUAGUAUCUUCCUGCAGUAGGUUUCCCACCCUGUCCUCACUUCUGCCAGUGUCUAGUAACUAUAGCUGUAUUAUCUCUCUUGGUGUCUCGGUCUUCUAGCUGUAGACGAAAGCUUUCGGAGGCUCUCAGGCUUUGUGGUUCGUUUUGAGUGCGCUCUUUCUUCUUGCUCUAGCAUCGCUCCAGUGUCUGGUAGAUAAGGUCCUCGUCAUUUUUUGCCCAUCUCGACAACAUCGGCCAUCUCCACCUCUCAUUAUGAUGUCAGCAGCCUACAGCAAACCGUCUCUGAUUGGACUGUUGAACCUAGACAACGUAUCAGAUGCUUGGAUAUUCAGGUCUCUUUUUUUUUUUUUUUUUUUUCGACAAAUGGCUCUAAGAGAGACAUACAAGUCAAGUAUGUAGUGCAACCAGGUUUGGAAAUGAGCUUUAGCUAAAUGCUUGCAGCUGCUCAAUUAGCUGCUUCAACAGUGAACCAGCUAUUGUUCAGGGGUACUUUUAAAUGUUAUUCAGUCGGGAAAAUGUGGCAAGUAGCAAGGGAAUCCACCAAUCACUGGGACAAUUGAACAAAAGUUCAGUUCCAAGCCCUGAUAUUAAGGAAACCUGUAGGUUGUCUUUGGUUUUUGUUCCCAGUCAAAACUUGAUCUAUGUCAUUGAACAUAAAGCUGCUUUCUGGUG